CGGCGAGGCCUACACGUGUCCUACCCUGGCUGCGUAUAGAUCAGGCGUAAUCCAUUAGCGGCUCCCCGCCCGGAAUCCAGCCGGCAGAGUAGCACCGGAGGGGCCGGGGGGAGCUGCUGGCCGCCACGUGGGUGAUGGGAUCGGACCGAGGAUGAGAAAACGAGGGGGGUGGGGAUGAUUUCUCUCUCCCGGCUCCCUUUUUAUGUCCGUUUGGUGGAACAGCCCCCCCCCCCCCCACAACCAUAAAGUCGGCAGAGGUGUAAGGAAGCAAGAUGCGGCUUCCCGGCAUGACAGAAACGUAUCCGUCUUUCCUCGAUUAUCAAGCGUGGAGGUCGGACGCAGAUCCAGCCAGGAUAUUUUCGCCCUUGGCUGGUUACGACACGCUACAUGGUGGGGAGUUUCAACUCUCCCUGGCAGAUGCGUGAAGGUUGGGAGGCAAGAUGAAAGAUUGGGGGGGGACCAAGACCACGAGUCCAAGUGUCAAAGCAGAGAGGGCAAGCCCAGGCCUGGACCUGGACCUGGCUGGCGUCUAAUGAUCACUUCAGCUGAUUUCUAUCAGCCAGCCAGCCAGCCAGCCAGCGCAACUGUUCUCAAAGAGCCAGACCGCUCCAGUUAAGCAUUCCUGCUAAAGUGGAGUUUUGUUCCAACGGGGCUUUUGUGUUGGUACAUAAAACAUUUGAAUUAUUGUCGGGUGGAGAGCUCCUUAAGAAAGCUGCGAUGCAGUUUGUCUCGACUCUGCCUGAGAGGCCGAUUUGAGCUUCAAACGGGGAGUUAACUCUAAGACCUGGAUAAACAACAAGUUAUUAUCGUUGCUGUCGGAAAAUGACGACGACGACGGCAACUGCCAAGUCAUUUCCGUGCCUUUGGAAACCAUUCAAGCUGUACUCUUGAGUUGUUUUGACACACACUGAACUGCGACUUGGCAGUUUGCAAGCGCUCUUAAAUCUCUGGGUCGACACUGAGCCGACACGGCUCGUAUGGUCGUUCGCGGUAAACGCUGAUGGAGCUUCAGGUGGCGUUGGUGUAGGAAGAGAGCGAGCAAGCGAGCGACGCGGAAGGAAGGAAGGAAGGAAGGAAGGAAGGAAGGAAGGAAGGUGGAAAUGGAACUGCCAAAUCAUGCCAAACAACUGCUGCUGCAACUCAACCAACAGAGAGCCAAGGGCUUCCUGUGCGAUGUCAUCAUCGUGGUCGAGAAUGCGCUCUUCCGUGCCCACAAGAACAUCCUGGCGGCCAGCAGCAUCUACUUCAAGUCUUUGGUCCUCCACGAUAACCUCAUUAACCUCGACACGGAGAUGGUCAACCCUUCCGUGUUCAGGCAAGUUCUGGAUUUCAUCUACACCGGUAAGCUGCUCUCCUCCUCGGAGCAGGGCAGCGAGCAGAAUUUCAGCGCCCUGUUAACUGCGGCCAGCUACCUCCAGCUGCACGACCUCGCCGCCCUGUGCAGAAAGAAGCUCAAGCGCAGCGGCGGGAAAGCCCUGCCCGGCAAGCCUUCCGCUCCCGGCCCCCUUAGCCGACUACGCCUCAACAACCAGCGCCUUUCCUCCUCCACGCCCGCCGGGCCCAACAACCACUAUCAGCCCAGCCCUUCGGACGCCGAGCAGGCGCUGCCGCUGCCGGACGAAGGCCUUCGGGACAAGCUCUCCGACGACGAAAUGUAUAUCGGCAGCUCCGGCGGGAGGAGCGCCGCCGCUGCCGCCGCCGGCAACGGAAGCAGUAACGGUAACCUCAGCAGCGGAGGAAGCGCCGGCGAGCCCGAUCUCGGGCUGGACCUGACCAAAAAGAGCCCUCCCUCAGCAGGCACGGCGCUCACCGACGCCCUGAGCCCCCACAGCAACUCCCAAGAAUCCCCUCAAUCUGCCUCAGUAUCCACAACCAACAGUGCCUCCCUGGACGACUCUUCCGCCACCCUCCACAACGCCGACGUCUGCAGCUCGGACGCCGCCGCCGCCGAGCUCAACUGCGCUUCGAAAGGGGACAACGGCCAGCACGACGGACCCCCGCCCCACAAGAAGUAUCGGCAGGGCGGGCGCAAGAACGAAUGGCCCAAAAAGGAGGCGUCGGGGUUGAAGUCUGAGGAUCACGACAGGCCUCUGGUCAACGGGGUGAUAGUGGGGCCCAAAGUGGGUGGCCUCGCCUCCGACCAAAGCAGCCUCCGCUGCAAAGACGACGAAGAGGGAGGCGAAAACGGCCAGGACCACAGCGAGGAGAGCGGUCAGAGCGACGGAGAGAGCGCAGGGGGCGGACCAGGCGGGGCCCACCAGAACGCCAACUACGUGUACCGCCAGGAAGGUUUCGAGCCGGCCUUCGGGGACAACCUCUACGUGUGCAUCCCCUGCGGCAAAGGCUUCCCCAGCUCGGAGCAACUCAACGCUCACGUGGAAACGCACACCGAGGACGAGCUGUACGUCAAAGAGGAAGCGGGGGCCCUGGUGAAAGAGGAAGACGAGGAGGAGGCCGAGGACCUGUCGGCCCCCGUGGGGGCCUCCCGCUUUGGCUCGGAAGCCCGCCCUUUCAAGUGCACCGUUUGCAACAAGAGCUACAAGGACCCGGCCACGUUGCGGCAACACGAGAAGAGCCACUGGCUGACCCGGCCCUUCCCGUGCAACAUCUGCGGCAAAAUGUUCACCCAGAGGGGCACCAUGACGCGCCACAUGCGCAGCCACCUGGGCCUCAAGCCCUUCGCCUGCGAGGAGUGCGGCAUGCGCUUCACCCGCCAGUACCGGCUGACCGAGCACAUGCGCGUGCACUCGGGCGAGAAGCCCUACGAAUGCCAGCUGUGCGGCGGCAAGUUCACGCAGCAGCGCAACCUCAUCAGUCACCUGAGAAUGCACACCUCGCCCUCCUAGAAAAGCAACGAACGCAUCAAGCCAAAGAACUCUGGGAAGAAAUAGCAAGCGAAACACGGAGAAACAAACGCACACUUUUGGAUUGCGCUCGCUCGCUUUGCCGCGCCUGCCCUGGCCUAGCCGGCCCGGUGAGCGUUGUUGCCAUCUUACCAUGCUGGGCGCUUUGACCAUUGUCACCGUCGCUUUCAAGUGACAUACGCUCACUCACCUCUCAGGACUUAUAGAGGGACAGUUUACUCUUUUCUCUCUGUCUUUCGCUCUCUCUCUCUCUCUCUUUCUUUCUUUCUCUCAACCCAAAGUCAUAAAGCCGUGGCGUCAUAGCUUUGCGACUUGUGCUCUUUCAAGGCCGAAAAAUGUGAAUGUGGGUACCAAUGUAAUGUCCAGCCCUGCCCCGCUCCCAAAGGCGUGUGUCUGUCUUCUCCUCUACCUUUGGAACAGCUUUUCACUGGUUGUCAGCUGAACGAUAGCUCAAGAGUUCCCUCUGCUCUCUGGUGCUAUUCUGACCAAAUAGAUUCAAAGAACCCAACACUGGCAAUAAUGGGGUUUUUUUGGGGUUUUUUUUGGUAACGGACAGCUUUACAGCCUUUUUCUUUUUUGGAGCGCUGGGGCAUCUCGAUUUAAGACGAAGGGGGGUGACUCGACUGGGUUCGGGACCAUGCUUUAACUGAUGGAAGGUUGUAGGUGGGAUCAAGGUUACGGUCUCUUGAUGGCUGUUGAACAUUCACUCUUUUCCCCUCUUGCCCGCUAGUGCAAAGGUGGUUGGGAAAGAGGACCCCCCCCCCCCCCUUGAGGUACUUGUUUUACUUAAAGAACUUCGAAUGUUUCCGUGAAUGUUUAAACUGGAAGGUCUUGGGUUUUUCUUGUGGAUUGGGAGGGAGGGAUCUGUUUUUAAAGGGGGCUAAUAAGAAGAGGGUGAUUUAGACUGACCAAUAUGUUCAGUGGGUAUGUUUAUUUUGUCUGUAUAGCUUUCCUCCCCUUGAGAGAGAGAGAGAGAGAAAAAAAAAGAAGUCUAUUUAUAUGGGCUUGUGACCGACCUCGCUACCUCUGAUUACGAACUCUAUAUGUGGAUUAGUUGAAAGUUCCGAUGUAAUUCAUUGUAAAAAGUGUGUAGAUGAUCUUCACCUGAUGCUUUAACCUGCCCAUCUCUCAACACAGUUUUCUAUUCUCCCUAGCAGUGGUGGCUUCAGAAUGGAAUAUAGCUUUCCGGGUUGCCCCGCUCAGGGUGGCGCCUCCUCAAAAUGUUCUGUAGCGUCUUUGCCAAGGCAAGUAAUGAUGGUUAGUUGGUUUGUAGGUGUAGUGUGUUCCAAAGAUCUUGUGAAUGUGGAGGACAGAGCUAACUAACAAACAUUGCUAGAUGAGUUCAAACCAAAGCUUUUCCAAAUAAAAAGAUGUACUUAAGAUAUAUAGCAUACUAAAUUAUUUCACUUUUGUUUUUCCUUUAUUUUUGUUCCUGUAUAAUACAAAUUUAUGAAUUCUAUUCCAAGUCCAUAGAAAGAAAUUCAUUCGAGACCUGGACUUUUGCCCAAUGACUCUGAGACAGACGGAGAAAGGUUGUGGUGGUUUGCAAAGGAAAGCUUGCGCUGAUUGGUGGGCCGGUGAACUUUACCACCAUUUUAUAUUUUUGGGGGGAGGGGUUGUUGUCUUUAUGUGCAGAGUCCUUAUCACUUUAUAUUCCCCAACUUUAAAAACAGGACUUGAUGAUAUGUUCUGUUCAGACCAAAAAGAAAAAAAAAAAAGCUAGGACUUAUAAUCAGAAAUUUAAGGUGAAGUUCAAGUUGCUUGUUGUUGUUGGUUUUUUUUUGUUGUUGUUUUUUUUAGCCAGACUUGUGAAAACUUGUAACAAGAAGGGAGAUGCACUGGACAGCUCCUCAUCGGUCUCCUGCAAAGAUCCUUUGUUAUUGUCGUCUCUGACUGUGUUCAACUGGGUCACAUCAUUUUUAUUUUUUUUUGAAGUUAUUCAAACUUCCCGAUGCAUUACCUCAUAAGCCAGCGAGUACAUGCUUAAAAUUGGGCCGCCGUUAUUACGUAAUCGGCGGGCGCCACUCAUAGUCACUAAAGCCUGUCCAGUGUAUCCACUCUUAACACUUACACUGUGGACCUUCACUACAAGUUUUUGGUAUAGGCAUUCCUCUCUUUUCUUUUUUUUUAUUGUUGGGUUAGCCGUCUUCUUGGAUUUAUUUUGUUGUUGUUGUUUUUGGUUUCUUUGUUGCCCUCAUGGUCUGUGAAUUUGUCAUGUAAGGAUGCGGCCACAGUUACAACCUGCAUCCUGCAUUAGUUACUACUUGGUCAUGUUGCCGGUUAUGCAAUUACUAGUUGGCUAGUAAUUGCGCGGUCAGUACAUGCCCCGCCCCUUCCCCUUGCUGUAAACCACAAACAUGCAUCCAUCCUCUGGCGCAAGAUGGAGUCCACGGUGCAUUGCCUUCUCGUACCUGUCAGCACUUGAUAUGGGGUGCAGCUCGAUGUAUGCCAUGCAACGGAUGGGUUUUUUUUUUUUUUUUUGUUUGGUUCUUGUCGUACAAGAUAUCCAGCCAUUGCUGCAAAAAAUAGGAAGAAGAAGAAGAAGGAAAAAAAAAAGAGACUUUGUCGCUGCGUUUGAAUGCUUGUUGUGGGACAUUGCGAAACUCCAAACUGUGACAAUACUACUACUAAUACUUGUAUUACUACUAGAGCUACGACUAGAACUACUACUAUACAAUUACUUCAGGGAUAGUUGUGCAUCUGUGAAUGCAGGCUCUCAGCUACAUUUGUAAGACAUAGUAUUGUAUCAAUUUCUCUGUAUUUUAAUGAUGGGGUGGGGAGAAGAGCGCAAAACACUAGUUUCAUACAUAAAACAAAAGGGUGGGGGUGGGGGUGGGGGGUGUUUUCAACUAACACAAAGAGCCUUGACAAAAGGCGAGGCAGCUCAAACACGUCUACAUUUUAGUCGAUAACUCACUAUGUUCAUGAAUAGUUGCAAAGUUGUACAAAGACCUAAAAAAAGAAAAGCUCAUACCCAAAAUCCACAAACUAUUUUUUAAACCAAAGCACAUUUGAAUGACUAUGGAACCAUGUGUGGCUCGAGGAAAAGACAAACAUGUAUUUAUCUCAUUGUUUACAAACUUUUCCAGUUUUUACAGACCUCAAGUCAAGGCCAGUCAGAGUUGUUUUGCUUCUUUCGAGCUCUCUCUCGCUGCUGCCAAAGCAAAAGCGUGGGCUCGGACUGCUGCAUAUUCAAUGAGGGGGGAGGAGCCUGUUUGCUUUUCGAUGCACCCUCUGCCAGCUGGCUUUUGGGGUGACCCCGUACUCCCCCUCAUGCCCUCUGGCCUGUCUGGGGGCUGGGCAGUGCAUCCUUGAUGUGUUUAUUGUUUAGUGGGGCUGCGUGUGGGCCAUAUCCGUGUUUGCCCACAUGCGCUUGACGACCGACGGCCUCCUGGCGCUCGCUCUUCGGCAGUGGGAGGGGCCGGCCGGGCGGGGGCGAGGUCGCACGCUUUUUUUUGUGAUAAUCACAUCAGGUUGUUGGUAGCUUUUGAUUUUGUCCUCUGCAUGUACACGAGAAUAAUCUGCUAGUCUUAACUGUGAAUGUUUUUUCUCCUUGCUUUGUUUCUUGAUUGAUUUGGUUGUUGUUUUUUUAAGCUGCCUGUCUUGUGUGGGUCAAAGCAGCACAAACCUCUGGCUGACUGAGCCUCCUUACAAAGUUGGUGCAAACACUUAUUGAUGGUGUUUAGUUUUUUUUAUUUUAUUAAAAAUCAAAUGUCUAUUGUCAGUGAUGAAUGUAUUUAUUUGCGGUCCUGCCCUCAACCCUGCAAAGAAUAUUUGCUCAAAGUGUGAGACUGGGGUGAAGGCAGGACCCCCUAUUUUCUUUUCUUUUUUUUUCUUGAAUGUUUUUUGAGGAUUUCAAGCUGAGAAUCAAAAAAUGCGAGAACAGCCAUUUAUUGCAUUCUGUGAUCUUUUCUGGCAUUAUGAUUUUUUUUUUUUUUUAAAUGGAUGGUCAAUAUCCAAUUUGUCACUCACACCUGAAUGUCUAUCAAGUUUUGUUUCAUGUAUUUUUCUGCAGGUGUUUUCUUUUUCUCCAACCAUACAUAUGUUGUCACAGAAAGCCUCGUGAGCUGCGAUGCAAUUGGAGGCCACUGUACUUCUUCUUAUUAUUGUUAUUUUUUGAACUGGCUCUUCCUGGGUGUUGCCUUGCAUCUGCCAUUAAAUGACCUACCAAAACAUAAGCAACGACAUACACAUCAUCCACUCUUUUUAAUUGCUGAGAAUAUUUUUCUCAUUUUAAACCACACCUGCGUCUUUAACACGUUAGUUCGGUCCGAGUUGUUUUUUUAUUCUUACAGAACCAUAGGGUGAGAUAGCUUUACGAAGUGCACUUUGUAUGUUUUUCAAACGCUCCGGCUCGGCCCGAGGUGCUUUCAUAUCACUUCCCGCUUAACAGACACUUCCCUCACUCGAGUCGUAGCUCAUCGCUUACUUGUGUUUGGUGGAAAUAACUUUUCUUUAUGCAGCGUUACAAAAGCUUUAAGAGAAAGUAAGGAAAACCGGUCCUUGACGUUUGGUAGUUCGGCCCCUUUUUCCAUGACAACACGGUGGUACCUGCAGCCGUCAGCGCUUCGGUACCCGCUCAGCUAACGGGCUGAGUCCAUUGAAGUAAAACGGAGGACACCGUCUACCUGCGUUAUUUUAGUUUGUUAGCACGUCAGCCUGUCGGAUGCAUUCCAAAAUGGCGUGGUUUUCGGUCCGGUGGAAAAGUAGCCCGAGGUUUUCAAAAUGUUAGCUUUGUUAGCUUUUGCCAUUCAGACUCAACCAAAGGCAGGGCCCUCAAAGCUCGUCUUAAGCUUUAUCGUCCCUCGCUUUAUCGCUCUUACACCCAAAGCGCUACUUUUGUUUUUUCUUCUAACUCCGCCAUAUCUGCCAGUGCAUUUUACAUUUCAGUAUUUUCUGUACCUCCGUUGACUCGACACCAAAAUACCUCUUUCAAUGUUUACACAAAUGUGCUCUUGUACUCUAUUACACCUUAUGUUCUUUUUCCGUCCACCCCAGCCCAAAAUAGUGAUUCUUUUGGUACCUCCAUGGGUUUGUGGCUGUUUCCAGAAAGCCAUGACUAGCCGCUAAAAACUGUGAGCGAAACUAGCCGUUGACUUGCUUUGUUUUCUUGGGACAAAGUGCUCAAUAAUGUAUCAGGAUCUGCGGGCUGACAAACUGUAACGUCCGCACGCACGCACGCGUAGGGCCUUUCUUGAUGAAUAAUGAAGCAUGUUCAGCGUUCCCGCUGUCCAAAGUGCGCACCACUGGGCUUCCUGCCCGUGCAAACACAGAUAGUCCAGACUUGCCAGAUGACACACAACGCACACAUCAGUAUUUAAGGUGGUUUCCUUUCCCCGGCUUUGUGGGCAGCACCCAGGUGGGGCUUGGGCGGGCGUAUGGGCGUAUGGGCGGGCGGCCUCUCCCUUCAUGUCCGCUCACUUGUCACAGAGCUCUCGUAUUCAGGUCAGAGCCACCGCCGCCACCGUGCAUUGCCAAGGGGCUCGCAAAAACUCAAGUGUCAUAAAGUGUAAUACAGCUGACCUCAGCAUUCAUAACCUUGCAGUCUUAAUGUACAGCAUUGAGGCAAAUAAACUGUUACAAUCUUUUCAUUAAAAGCUUGAUUGAAAACCAAA